CAGACGUGCGUCUGACGUCAUUUGGUUUUCAUCUCGUUCCUCCUUUGGUUGGAGACCAGACCAGCUAGCUGGUAGCUAACUAGCCACAUUUCUUUAUUUUUCACAGUUCUGAAGACGUCGCCAUUAUAAGGUCUGUUUCGGCGUCUGAUUCUACAGGACCUUAUUUAUCGUCAAGUUCCUUCCGACGCAGUUUUCUCUCCGCUCCCGGAGAAAACACUGAGCCAUGUAUAAUGGGAUUGGCUUGACAACUCCACGGGGCAGCGGCACCAAUGGCUAUGUGCAGCGCAACCUGUCGAGUCUGCGGGUCAAACGGCCACGGGAUGAGCGUGGCGGCGAGCGGGAUGAGAAGGACCGGGAGAGGCUGGAGAGUCAGCUCAACAGGCAGCCCAAUGCUGACAUACUGGAGCACCAACGGAAGAGGCAGCUGGAGGUCAAGUGUGCCGAGCUGCAGGACAUGAUGGAGGAGCAAGGGUAUUCAGCUGAGGAAAUUGAGGAGAAAGUGAACAGUUUCCGUAUGAUGCUAAAGGAGAAGCAGGAGCCGGCUCCCGCCACCAGUGAAAGACCAACGGUGACAGAGACUCAUGCUCUGGCUGCAGCCAACCAGCAGAAGAAUGACCGUCUUCGUGCUGCUUUUGGCAUUGCCAGCGACUAUGUGGACGGAUCGUCCUUCCAAGCCGAUCGCAAGGAAAGAGAGAAGGAGAAGAGAGAGCAAGAACGCCUGGAGAAGGAGAGGCUGCAGCAGAAAUAUACGUUGGUGGAAGAUUCAGACAAUUCAGAUUCUCCUCCCAAGAAGCGUAGUCGGAAGAAGAAAAAGAAAAACAAGAACAGAGACAGCAGCUCAGAGAGUCCCUCCCCAUCUCCUCGGCGAGAGAAGAAGAAAUCCAAAAAGAAGAAAAAGAAACGUGAGGCAUCAGAAGAUGAGGAAGAAGAAGACAGUUCCUCAGAUGAGAAGCAGAAGGUGUCAAAGAAUAAAAGAAAGAAGAGUGAAAGUUUGAGUCCGCCAAAAGCAAAGGCAGCACGAAACAGGAGUGUCUCCUCCAGCUCUGCUCACAGCCAGUCUCCAGCUCCACUGAGAACACGUCAACAGGAUCAAACUGCAAGAAAAGCUGAUGAAGGUAGAAAGGGGAGAUCGCCAGACAGGAGGAGACGGGGCUACGAGGUGCACAGCCCACAUCAUCAGGGAGGCGAAGGGAAGAGGCCCAAUCUUGAGAGAGAGAAAGAGCGACUGAGUGAGAUGGAGAAGACCUCCGCCAAGAGGAGACAUGACUCUUCAUCCCCUUCUCCACCACCACCACAGACAGAAAAAAGCAGGGAGAAAGGGAGAAGGUCCAGAAGCAAACAGAAGGAGAGUGAGAAAGGCAGGCGCUCCAGAAGCAGAGAGAUGGAGAAAAGGAGGCGUUCUAGGAGCAUAGAAAACGAGAGGGAGAAAGGGAGGCGUUCGAGAAGCAAAGAAAAGGAGAGAGAGAGAAUAAGGCGCUCCAGAAGCAGAGAGAUGGAUAAAGGAAGGCGAUCGAGGAGCAGAGAAAAUGAGAGGGAGAGAGGGAGGCGCUCCAGAAGCAGAGAGGUGGAGAAAGUAAGGCGUUCAAGAAGCAGAGAAAUGGAAAAGGGGAGGCGUUCAAGGAGCAGAGAAAACGAGAGGCAGAGAGGGAGGCGCUCCAGAAGCAGAGACGUGGAGAAGGGGAGGCGCUCCAGGAGCAGAGACGUGGAGAAGGGGAGGCGCUCCAGGAGCAGAGACGUGGAGAAGGGGAGGCGCUCCAGGAGCAGAGACGUGGAGAAGGGGAGGCGCUCCAGAAGCAGAGACUUGGAGAAGGGGAGGCGCUCCAGAAGCAGAGACUUGGAGAAGGGGAGGCGCUCCAGGAGCAGAGACGUGGAGAAGGGGAGGCGCUCCAGGAGCAGAGACGUGGAGAAGGGGAGGCGCUCAAGGAGCAGAGACGUGGAGAAGGGGAGGCGCUCCAGGAGCAGAGAAAAGAGGGACAGAGGAAAGGAGAGUGUUCCUCAGAGGACCAGACAUGAUUCCUCCUCGUCCCCUUCUCCUUCUCCUCCACCUAAACAGGAGACUAGAAGGGAAAGAAGCAGAGACAUUGAGCGGGGAAAAAACAGGAAUAAUCAGGACAAAAAGACGAGACACGGCUCCUCAUCGCCGUCGCCUCCCCCUGAGAAGGAGAGGGCAAGGAGGGAGAGGAGUGUAGAUAGGGAGCGCAGGACUGAGAGAGAUCUGCACUCAAGGGCACCAAAUGAAAGGGACAACAGGAAAGACGCUGGGAAGAGACAGGAGAGAGAGAUGUCUCCUUGCCAGCAGAAAAAUGACAGGAGAAGGGAUGUACACCCGUCCCGCGAUUCCCUGUCACCCGCCUCUCGCUCACCUGUCAUCAAUGGGCGUCAAAGAGAAAGGGAGGAGGAGAGUAGAAGAGAAAAAGACAGGGAGAGUACUAAAGAGAGGGACAGACAUCUGAACAAGCAAAGGGAACAAGACAGUGAGCGAGGUCAAGAAGGCGGCAGAAAGAGAGAUGAGGCUCUCCGAUCGUCUGCAGAAAGUAGGCGAGAUGGAUCGACACCUGCAGAGAAAGGCAGAAGACCAGUGAUCAACGAGAGCCAAGAGAAGACAAGAAGCCCUCCAAGAAAGGAGAAACGUGAUGACAAGGCGAAACCGGCUGAGAAAAGAAGAGAGAGCAGCAGCAGUAGCAGCAGCAGCAGCAGUGGUAGUGGUAGCGGUAGCAGCAGCAGCAGUAGCAGCAGCGGUAGUGACAGUGAUAGCUCCUCGUCCUCCUCAUCAUCUUCCUCUUCCUCUUCGUCCUCAUCCUCUGAAGAUGAGGGCAAGGCGAAGGAGGCUGGGUCAGCAGGGAGGGAAAAAAGUAGCCCCUCGAAAAGUUCACCAUCUGCCAUCGGGGCUGCAGUUCAGAAGUAUUUAGCCAAUGGUAGAAAGGAAAGCCCUGCCUCUGCUUCUGAGGGCGAAGGACCUAGACGACCCCAGAAGGAAAGAGAAGAUGGAGGCGACAAACGUGAGAGGGAAAGACCGUCCCACAGAGCUCCUGCAGAGAGUUACCCGUCCCGGACGAAAGGUCAGGAGCGAUAUAGCCCCACACAGAUGGACAGCCCCAGUCCGCCUCCUUCCCCAUCCAACAGAGCGGACGCCAGCAGAGGCAGCAACAGGUACUCCCCACCUGUGGCCAAAGCCAGGGUGGAGACAAAAGUCAUGGAAAGAGAGAGAGGGAGGGAGAGGGAUGCCGCCAGGAGGCCUGUGAGGUCUAGCCCUCCAGCCAGGAGGUCACGCUCUCCGCCCCAGAAAACCUCCACCACCUCCCCAGCCCGUCGCACCCCACCACGGCAAUAUCAGGAACCCCCGUUCCGAUCCAGGAGAGCUUCUCCUCCUCCAGCCUGGUCAAACCGAGAGAGAGAGAGGCAGAGGGACAGGGAGAAGGAGAGGAAUAGGGAGAGAGAGAAGGACAGAGAACGUGAGCGGAUUGCCAGGAGGAGCAGGUCCAGAAGCCCAAGGAGGCGAAGCCCACCCAGCAGGUCCCGUCGCUCUCCUUCUCCACAGCGGCGAAGGAGGAGCAGUCACUCCCUCUCCAGAGAGAGAGUGAGAGAAAGGGAACAUGAGAGGAUCAGGCAGAGGGAGGUAGAACAAGAGCGACUAAGGGAAAAGGAGCAUCUGCACCCAAAAGAUGUUCCCCAACCCCGCCGAUCCUCGUCAUCCUCAUCUUCCUCCAGCUCCUCCUCUUCCUCUUCGGCCUCACCUUCACCGCCGCCGGAGAGGAAAGACACAAAAGCACUAACAGAGAGAGACAGAAGAACAGAGCGAGUGGGCGAGAAGGGAGAGGACAGAGAACAGAAAAGUCGUUCCUCUUCUUCACAGGGCCCUUCCACACACUCAUCCCAUGCUCCAACCUCAGGUAGAGGAGGCUCCCAGUCAGACUCCAGGCGCUCUGAUGUGGCCUCUAGAAGGUCUCCGGCUGGCAGCCAACCAGAAACCAAACAGUCGUCACGAGGUCCAAGAAGAAAGCAGUCACCAGUGACACCCCCUAAACUGUCAGACCAAACAGUCAGAAGUGAGAGCGCUGUAAACGGGAAGGAGGCAACUGCAAACAAGAAAGCCAACAGGAGCAGCAGCUCCAGCUCCUCUUCCUCGUCGUCAUCCUCCUCUUCGUCCUCCUCGUCAUCCUCCUCUUCAGACAGCUCUGACUCUGAAGUAGAGCAAGGAAAAGGGAAGACAGACAAAGCUCAAAGCUCUCCUUCCUCAUCCUCCUCAUCAGAGAAUGAAAAGGAAACAAAGAAAAAGAGCCCUGCCGGAUCUGGGAGGGUGCCGGCUGAUUCGCUGAGAGAUUCUCGCUCACUCAGUUAUUCUCCUCCAAGGUACAUGAGAGCAGCGCCGCCCUCGCCGCGUCGCAGGAGCGGCAGCAGGCAGUCACCGAGCCGAUCGUCAAGCAGCAGGCGAAGGAAAUGAGCUGACAACUCGAGACGCUUCACUUCCUAUGUGUUGUUUCUCUGGUCACCUCUGGCUGGUUUGAAAUGGACUACAACGUGGACUUCACAGCCAGCGGUCAGUAGAUAUACAUCUGUGAGUGUCAGGGGACUCGUUUUGGUUCUGAGCCACCACACAGUUAUCAACAAUGUUUGUUUUUUUUAAGCAACGAUGACCAGAGGCUGGCUUGUACAUUUCUUUUUAUGAGCUGAAUAAGAAACGUACGCACUCACACACACACACAAACACAGUAAAGUAAAACGUGACUCUAACAAUGUUCUUCUGUACUUGUACUGUUUGUUGCGUUCUACCUGUAGAUAUGAGCUGUCUGUAUUUUGGUUAUCAUGUAACAGAUAUCAGAUUUCCAUUUAAUGUAAGCAGAAACUGAAACGUGGAUAAUUUCUUUGUUGAAAAUGGUUAAUAAUAAUAAAAGGCAAUUGUACAUUUUA